GUGUGUGUGUGUGUGUGUGUGUGUGUGUGUGUGUGUUUAACAUUAAAAACACCCAGAGAAAGGCACGUGUGAUUUCCAGAACAUUCAGCAUCUACAAAUGACCUAAUGAAGUGCGGCUUCAUAAUGAAGAUGUUUUUCUGAGCUUCUUGGAGAUCCUGCCACAGUUCUUCUGAAGACUCGGACUGUCCUGCUUGCUUCUGUAUUUGGAGACAUGGCCACCCUAAGCAUUAAACCAGGCCUCCGCUGCACUGUGUCUGACUGGAUGAACACCAAUAAUGAGAUCUCAGUCACUGCUGAGCAAAGGAGACACCUAUCACACGAGAUACGGCAGGAGGGCAGGGCUCUGUGCAAUGACACCACCAAUAAGACAAUAUGGGGUGAAUAUGACAACAAUCGUCGACUGAGUGACAGAAUCAGUGAGGUCAAACUAUGGAAGAAGAGCUUGGAAGCCUGUGCCGAGGAAGUGGAUACAGAAAUGGAUGCUCUCACACUAACAAAGGAAGCAGUAGAGCGUGCUCUUGCAGCCACAGUGUUGCCCCUAGAGGUCACUAAUGAGUGUUUGACCUUGAGGGAGGGUCGUCGGGGAAAUGAGCUGCUUAGUGACCCAGUGGAGGCAGAGCUAAAGAAGGAGGUGGAGGUGAUUGAUAAGGCACAAGAAGUCCUGCAGCAAUGUAUCGACCAAGCCUUUAGACACCUUUGUCUGCUGCAGGAAGCCCGACAUCAACUGACUCUUGACCUCCAGCACAAGAUGGAGGCUUUGGAUGUAGACAUAUCAUGCCUGUCGCUCUCUGUGACGUCGUCUGAGAUCUCCCUGAAGCCCAAUCCCACCAGAGUACCUCCUGGUUCCACAACCCCUCAGCAGUGGGUGCAGUUUAGCCAGAACAAUAUAACUCAAGCCAAGGAGGAAAUGCAGGCUUCUCUGCAUCUGAGAGAGAACAUCAAUAUCACUAUAGCAGAGGUCCAAAAUGAAUUAGAGUCUCAGCGCACAGCCACGCGAUUCGCCUUCCGGAAGCACACUCAUCAGCUGGAGCAGGCUCACCAAGAACUCCAGUGGCAGAUAAAAACUACUCAGGAUGAGAUUAAUGAGCUGAAAGAAGACAUCCUUAGACUGGAGAGGGACAUGCAAUCUAAGAUGGCUCCUCUAAAACUGGUGCACACUCGCUUGGAGUACAGAACCAGGAGGCCUGGUACGGACCUAUGCAGAGACGAGGUGCAGCAUGGGCUGGUGGAGGAGACCAGACAGCUUGCUUCUUCUAUUUUGGUUUUGAAACAGAAGUUGGCACAGGCUCAGGACUCAUUGCAGGCUUUGCAGCUACAUGAAGCUCGGAUGCUUGAGGAUCUUGUGCGUAAACAAGAAGCUCUAUCUCUUGAGCAACGGAGCAUGCAAACACGUCAGCGCCUGAACUCGGCUCAAAAGGAAUCGGAACCCUCAGCCGUGUCGCCUCUUACCAACUCCAGUGGCAUGCACAAGCUCCAACUGAAAUACACAGACUCAGCUUGAGAGCGCCGUCCCAUGCCUCAUCAGAUAUUUGGUCAAUAGGAUCUUUACCCGACUGUGCCUUGUGUAGAGUGAAUUUAUUUGUUCUUUUUUCUUUGAUUGCAGUUUGUGUGAUAGCUGUCAUGAUUUUUCCCCCACUGCUUUGUUUGAAAGGUUAUGCAGAAGAAUUAAGACAUCAAGUAUGCUAUGGGAAUGAGAAUAAGUUUUAUGUUACACAUACAAGGAAUUUGAUUUGGAGAGUGCACAUGUAAUAUCAAACCGACAACACUGGACAAUUUACAAAUAGGAAGUUUUCUGUUAUUCCGCUUAUUCCACAGUAUAUUUUUCACAGUAUAGUACCACAGUAGUGUUUUCCAAUCCAGUCCAAUCUAGUCAAGUCCAUCCAAUUUUCCAAGCAGUGUUUAUACUGGAAAGUUCAUACUUGGUCAUGGUAGAGAUGUGCACUGGAUUAUUUUUUUAAUAAAUUGAAUUUUAUAUUUGAAUUGAAUAAUUGAAAUUAUUAUUUUUGUUUGUACCUGUUGUUUGUAUGAAUUCAUUUGGUUAUAUUUCUCAAAAUACAAACAUCCUAAUUUAAGCACCAUGACCAUGACCAGGCAGAUACUAUGGCUAAAUGAAUUAACCAAAUGCUGUGCACAGCAACUCACAUUCACAUUAAACAACAUUAGUAAGUUUUUCUUUAUUCAGUGAACUUCUUAUCUAAAGUAAAACCCGCUUUUUGUUCCAUCCCUAGUCCGUUGUUGCACAUCUCUAGACUCAACCAGAUGCAAUAGUGUGCCUCCUAUUCAUAUUGCAUUUGUAUCGGUUUAGAACACAUUAUCUGUUUGUUCUGAAUAAUGUAAAAGUAUUCGGGAUGUAUACCUCCCUAUUCCAGACUGAUCAUUAGCAGCAAACCCGUCAUUAGCAGCAAACUGACUUCUCAGCUUGUUAGAAUGAAAUAAAUGAAACUCUUUUUCCAGCCUGUACUUGGUGUUCAGUCUG